UAAAGAAACAACACUGUCUUGCUGUCGCUCCCGUUAUUUAAAUCUAAAAGUCUAGUAAUAGUGAUAAAAUCAACAUAAAAAACAGUAUUUGUGAUAAUUAAAUAUUAAUAGAACAAAGUGUUAUUAUUAACAGUGCUACUUUGUUAAACGACUAUACCGAUAUUACUUUUAAAAAUCCCAUCGCUACCGUGCCGUGUUACUGUGAGCGCUUAUCACUUGCGCGGUGAGUCAUACACGCCGCUGCGGCCGCUCGCUGGACCCAGUUGCCGUGCGCCCCCGUACCACGGUAUCAGCGAUAACUUAGCGAUACAUUAACGACAGUGCAACUUUGAGUGUAAUCUCGUGGUAGAGAGGAAAUUGAAAUGUCCGGAAGAAGCGGAAAAACUUGUGCCGGGUGUAAUGAUAAAGUUGUUGUUAAACUUUCCAUAACCUGUAACGCAGUUGCUUGUAAAAAACUAUAUUGUAACCAGUGUAUUAACUUCACUUCCUUAAAUAAAGAAACCAGAGAUAAAUGGAUUUGCCCCGAGUGUCGCAGCGUUGAAAAGAAGGGAGGGGACAACACCUCUACGCCGGUACGAAGUAACCCGAUUGUAGAUAGCGUGACUCAGAAGAAGAAAGAUACGUCGUGCGCUCCUGCGUCAGUAGAGGGACCUGCGGCUGAGGCUGACUCGCUCACCGCACUCACCACCGAAAUCCAGUUGCUCAGGCAAGACGUUAGCUGCAUGAAGACGAAACUGGAUAACGCGAUCCUGGCGAUAACCCGCUGCGAAAAUCAAUUACAACAGGUAACUUCCAAACUUAACUCUUGUGAGGAGAGGUUAGAAGCGGCCGAAGAAAAAGCUGCUGAAGUUCUGAUACUUAAGAACAAGGUGUUUGAAUUGGAGCACCAGCUCAACUACCAGGCCCAACAAUCUCUUAGGAACGAGGUCGAAAUUGCUGGCGUUCCGGAAAAUCAGAACGAGAACCCGCAGCACAUUGUUAUGGUCACAGCUGCGAAAAUCGGCCUUGGUAUUACAGAAACGGACAUAGAAUAUGUCUCCCGAGCUGGCCGGCGGAGAGAGGGCACCAGUUCAAGGCCCCUCGUCGUUCGCUUCACCACAAGGCGCACGAGAGACAAAUUUUAUAAAGCGGCAAGAUCAAGACGCCUCAACACGAAUGACAUCGACAUUGACGGCCCGCCUGCCAAAAUCUAUUUCAAUGAACGUCUCACACGAGAGAAUAGGGCCUUGUUUCGCGAAAGUAGAGCCCGAGCGUCCGAGGCGAACUAUAAACACUGCUGGACUCACGGCGGGACUAUAUACAUUCGAAAGCAAGACGGCAGAGGACCAGGAUCCCAAGCAAUCCCCAUUAAAACCUCCGAUGACCUUGAUAGGAUAUUGGGUGAGGACAGCGUCAGUGAUCCGGAGCAGCCUAAAGAGACCCUUGCACCCUAA